CGCAUCGCCACGCAGGUUCUCUCCACCAAACCUUAACCUCCCCUUCCAGAAACCCUCCAAGAGGCAGCUCAAAGGAAUAGUGAGCCGCCCCGCCGCUCCUCAGCCAUCCUCUCCAUCUCGGUGUCACACACUCCGCAUACGCACCUACGAGAGUCGAGUGACAGCGAGCGAGCGAGCGAGCGAAGCCAUGGCUCUCCGCACCCUGGCAUCGAAGAACGCCCUAUCCUUCGCGCUCGGCGGCGCGGCCCGGCCGUCGGCGGCGUCCGCGAGGGGGGUGACGACGGUCGCGCUCCCCGACCUCUCCUACGACUUCGGCGCGCUGGAGCCGGCCAUCUCGGGGGAGAUCAUGCGCCUGCACCACCAGAAGCACCACGCCACCUACGUCGCCAACUACAACAAGGCGCUGGAGCAGCUCGACGCUGCCGUCGCCAAGGGCGACGCCUCCGCUGUCGUCCAGCUCCAGGGCGCCAUCAAGUUCAACGGCGGCGGUCAUGUGAACCAUUCAAUCUUUUGGAAGAACCUCAAGCCUAUUAGCGAAGGUGGUGGGGAGCCGCCACAUGGGAAACUUGGCUGGGCCAUCGAUGAGGAUUUUGGUUCAUUUGAGGCACUUGUAAAGAGGAUGAAUGCAGAAGGCGCUGCUUUACAAGGAUCUGGAUGGGUGUGGUUAGCUUUGGAUAAAGAGGCAAAAAAGCUUUCAGUUGAAACUACAGCUAAUCAGGAUCCUCUGGUGACUAAAGGUGCAAGCUUGGUUCCGCUGUUGGGGAUUGAUGUCUGGGAGCAUGCGUACUACCUGCAGUACAAGAAUGUUAGGCCGGAUUACCUGAACAACAUCUGGAAGGUGAUGAACUGGAAAUAUGCUGGAGAGGUGUACGAAAAUGUUCUUGCUUGAAUUGUCUUAAUGGACAAUACUCAUCUGCGCGGGUUUGUUUUCGGCUGUUUGACCAUGUGAAAUAAAGAUGGACUUGUGUACCUGCUGGACCAAGUGUACAUUUCGCUAAGAUAGACUAACGCACAAUGGCCUGCCGAUUUUGUCCAUCCUGUAUUCCUGCUUGCGUGCCACUCCACUUUCUGCUGCUCGUAGUGGCAGGCACAUAGUAUGUGCUUAACGUUAGACUACGGCACGGCCCUUUCAGAGUUCGAGCAUGGUGAUGCCCAAAAGAACCAUUUCUACUCUUGUCUCCAUUAAUAAAAUCUGCCGAGGUGCCGAUGUUUGCUUG